AUGGCGGAUAUUUUAUUUCAACCUCGCUCACUAUAUCCAACUCCUUCACACCCAGACGGUGGUAUCUGCGACACUGAACUCAGCUGCCGAAAAGUCCGCAUCCAUCAUCCCGCUUACAAAGACGAUUCGUAUACUCUUAUUGCUUUCAUCGGGCUCGACCAUCCGGCUGGUGGCAUCCAUCAUGAAACUGCGAGGAUUGCGUGUGCAAUUCUCGCGGGCAAUAGAUGGGAUGGGUUUUUGACAGAGACGAGAACAGGAGAACGCAUUAGGGAGGAUAAAAAGUUCCCCAUCACUCCCUCCUUCUCUCACUACAGAUUCCCGCAAAGCUUGCCCUCUUCAUGGCGAGACCAAUCUCUUCCGAAUUUACCAGAAAACCGAUUACCCCGUCAAAGCAGUUUAGUUCCAGCCCCUAUCGCCCGUGACAUCUCUUGUCGAGUAACAAACCAUACGGAAGGCACCGAGCAUGCGCAUCUUAUACCCCGGAGCGAACAACAGUGGUAUAUCCAAAACCGCAUGUCCAGGUACGCGAAUAUACGCCCCGAUGCUGAAUUUAUAGACGAUACAUCCAAUGCUAUUCUACUCCGCUCCGAUAUCCAUUCUCUCUUUGAUCAAAAGAGGUUCGUGAUAGUCCCAAAAGCCGAUAAUUUUGUUAUCCAUAUCCUAGCUUCGGGCUCUCUUGAACUUAUCAACUGCUAUCACAAUGUUACUUUGCAGCCUUUGACUGGGGUUGCAACUGAAUAUCUCUUUGCUCGAUUCGCCUGGUCUAUAUUUGCUUAUUCUACACCAUUCCUUCUGAACAGUCUAAAACGAACACUCUCACUUUAUGUGGAUGGUGAGGUAAAGGUUGUUGAAUAUACUGGUGAGCAAUGCAGACAAUUCGUCACUGGGGCUAAAUCCCGCAGUCAGAGCCCGCGAAAGCGACAGCGGAAUAUAGUACAACCCGGGCCAGAGGAUGAUGGAGAAUUCCGUGGGCGGAAAAGGAGACGCAGCUUUGAGCUGUUGUCUUCUCCGGACUCGCAAGGAAACCUAUCAACAGAUAGCUAG